CCAGAGAACAAGUGCAACUGCCGAACAAUGACGCCGAAACUGUGGCUCUUUAAUUACUUGGUGACUGCGAUUAUGGUGUGUCAGUCCCAAGCCGAGCGAACAGAUCCAUCUGUAAGAAUAUCUCUGUUACCCAACUCUGAUCAACUCGCUCAACCAUUCCAAAUGGAUAUGAUGAAUAGGUUCAAUCAAUUUGCAGAGGUACCUCAAUAUUUUAUGCAUCCGAUGAUGAUGUAUCCCUACGAUUUUAACAAAAGAUUCCUCCAGAACAGACGAGCAGCUCAAAGCGGCGAAAUCGCGGAAGAUAAAGACACCGAGGCCCAAAAAUCUGUAGAAAAGUCCGAGAUCGAUCAAAAAACGACGGACCUGACAAAUGAAACUGAAAAAGUGACCACCAAAAACGAGACGAAGAAACAAAAAACCACUGGUAAAAUGAAGGAAAAACUAGUUAAUUAUCAGACCAAAGCUGUCACCUCCCUGAAAAAUUUGGGAAACAAAACUCAUCAAGGACCGAAGAGCAAGGGCAACUCGAAACUUUAUCUGAAGAAAGAAAAAGACGCAGAAGCAGCAAAAAAGCCGCAUAGCAACGAAACGUCCACGGCUGGUCCUCCCAAAAGCGACACUGCGGGUCAGGAAAAGUUAGAGGAAAAAAUGGACGGGUCGAAAAAAAAGACGAGCGACGGCGAGCGCGUUGCCAGCAGCCGCCACAAGGAGCCCGACCACGACGCGUCGAUGGAAGAGGUUUUGGAGGAGUUCCGGCGCGUCCUGGGCCCCGCUCACAUAAAAAAAUUUUCGGAGUUCAUCAAGGUGCCCAGCAACGACACGCACAACAAGAUCAUCCUAGCCAUAGCGAGUAACUCCAACGAGACUGCAGACCUCAAGGAGCCGAAGGACAAGUCCUAGGUAUUGUGACCACCAUCAACGCAGUCUACCU